AUGGCUGAAGGAGAAAGCCGAAGACCUAAUUCUAACAUCGGUCGACGAAUUAUCGGAAGUGCCAGAGGACUUGCCUGUUCAACUUUCAGCGGUGUUGCAGGCAUCGAAGCCGAAUUCGACCCUCUGCAUGUCGUCUCUGGUGGCAAACGCGUUACUGGACCGCAGACACCCGAAAAGCAUGCUGUUGGAGAAGUGUCUAGCAGUUCCAAGGAGCGAAGACGAUCUGGAGCUGCACCUUCAAGAUUUCGAAGUCGAAUUGGAUCAGAAAGGAUAUCGCAGAGAGAUGCCGAAUUUCAGGAAUUCGUGGAACGAAUGGAUGAUAUAGUAGACGAUGACUUUGUUCGGCCAUCCUUCGAAGCCAGAUUGCAGGAUCACGCGUACGGUGCGGACGGCGAUGCCUUAAGACAGACGACAUUCCGAAAGCAGCAAUUAAUCGACGAUUCUCUGGAUGGAUUAUCUUACGAUGACAAUCCGACGCUUCUCGACUCUGUGAAUCAAUUGGUGCAGGGACAAACGACGCGCCUGCCGUGUAACUUACAGCAAACAAGUAUCCCGGAUCGACGACGGCAAGCCGAGGUCUCGAUGUUGCAAGCAUCGUGGGAAAAGUCGGCGUCAGUAGCUGCGCAACGAUUAAGUCAGGUCGAGAAGCAUCUGAGCGGAAGCUUUCACAGGGUCGCUGCUAGAUCAUAUGAGCGAUCGAUGACCCACCACGACAGACUAAUGCUACAUCACGAUGUUAGACAUGACUCGCUCGACGUGGCAAUGAAGGACGAACCAGAAGACUUCCUUGACGAUCACUCCAAGCGGGACAUUACAACCCAAAGUCAGAGAGGAGAAGAAGAGGAGAUACUAUCCGGUGACUGGUUCCACUGUUCUUACGAAGAAUGCCACCGUCGUCUCACCACCCAAAACUCAAGUCUAGGCCUCAGCAUCCACCAGCGCUGCUGCGUCCAUACUGGCUGUGGCUACGUGUCGCCCAACAUCCCAGAAUGGAUCGAACACUGUUCAUCCGAGCAUCACAUGGUCCCAGAGCAGGGUAAGACCUCCCUCGACCCACGCCAUGUGCGAUCCUGCAAGUACUGUAAGUUUGACGAAUGCGAUACGCAUUGA